CUUGGCGGCAGCGCGCUGACGCAGCCCUAGUUUGAGAGGGAAAAUGUAUCGCACGCGCUCCAAGUCUAACACCGGAAUCGCUUUUAAUACUUUCCUUUUCACUGUGCCAUUGGAAUAUACUCAACUGAAAAGACAUUAUAGUAAAAACUGGUCGUGUAUUGGUUGAUUUUAGGCGCGGAACUCCUAAUUUAAGCAAAAUGCCACGGACCAAGAAAAGGAGCGGCAGAGGUAAGUAGGAUGGAAUAUCUGGAAAUGACCGGUUGUUUUUUUAGCGGCCUGAGGGGCGAAAGGGAUUCUGGGGUUUGUAGUUCUUUACACGCCGACCGCGUAGUGAAAUAGAAGGAAGAGAACUACAACUCCCAUCACUACGUGACCCGCAUUGGUUGACAGCCAGGAGUGUCUUUCUUUUGACCCAAACAAAAGAAUAAUACACAAUGGGGACAACAGGGGAAUGUCCAGCCGUUCAGCGAUGAAGAUUCAUCUAUUGAGACCCUCAGUCACUGCAGCAGCCUCAGUGAAAGAACCAGUGCAGCAGAGGAAGCUGGUGAAACUGAAGAAAUGGCUCAAGAGGACUUCCAGUACAAACUGAAGGUGUACAUCGACAGCACAGUGGAUAAGAGUGCUAAGACCAGACAAGGUGCCCUUGAUGGACUAAAGACUGCCAUGGCAACCAAAAUCCUCUACGAAUUCAUUUCCGAGAGAAGGAUGACCAUCACGGACAGCAUUGAGCGCUGCUUGAAGAAAGGUAAAGGAGUGGAGCAGUGUGCUGCAGCCUCGCUGGCGUGUCUCCUGUGCAUCCAGCUGGGGUCUGGGAUUGAGAGCGAAGAGGUUUUUAAGACCCUUAAACCCGUAUUUAAGACCAUCCUCAACGAUGGAGCAGCUAACAUUCAAGCCAGACAAGCUUGUGCUACAAGUCUAGGCCUCUGCACUCUUGUAGCAGAAGAUGAUAUCAUGGAUGUGUAUGCCACUAUGGAGUGUUUUGAGAGCCUCUUCACCCAUUCGUACAUCAGGGAAGAUGGAAGCAGACCUUCUGUGAAUCCUCAAACCACGCAGCUCCACACAAACGCUCUCCUGUCCUGGGCCCUGCUGCUUACCAUCUGCACCGGCAGCCACAUCAGAGUCAUUGCGCAAAAACAUCUCGCUAAACUUCCACGUCUGCUGGAGAAUGACAACGUCAACAUGAGGAUUGCUGCUGGGGAGACCAUCGCCCUCCUGUUCGAGCUCAUCAGAGAUGUUGACCCUGAGUUUGAUUAUGAUGACUGGGAACCGUUGUGUGAGCAGCUGAACGCUUUAGCCACUGACUGCAACAAACACAGAGCCAAGACCGAUAAGAGGAAGCAAAGAUCCGUCUUCAGAGAUGUCCUGAAGGCCGUAGAGGAAGGGGAUUUUCAGAGCGAGACAAUCCGCUUCGCCACAGAGCGAAUGGUCAUUGACAGCUGGGUGAAGAAGAGGACUUAUGACGCCUUCAGAGAGUUUGUUGGCUCUGGGAUGAACUACCAUCUACAGGCGAACGAGUUCAUAAGAGACGUGUUUGAACUGGGACCACCGAUGUUGAUCGAUUCUGCUGCUCUGAAAGCCAUGAAGAGCUCCAGACUGGAGAGGCACCUCUACAAUGCAGCUGCGUUUAAAGCUCGAACCAAGGCCAGGAACAAGUUUCGGGACAAAAGGGUGGAUGUUGGGGAGUUUUAAAUUUUUGUAAAGCACAUUAUUUUUUUCAUCUUACAUUUAAAUAUUUUGAUUCUUUGCAUUCCUAACAUGGUCUCUUUUUAUAUAUACAUCUAUUUAAAAUGUUAAUAUUUGCUAUCUAUAAAUUCACUCAUUUCUCUUCGACUCUUAAUUUGUGUUUAUAUGUAAAUGGUGUUGGGUUGGCUAACAUCAGAUCAUGUUUUCUGUUGUUUGUGUAGUUGUAGGUCCUGUAAUGUUAUGAAUUGCACAGUAUUUAUGAGUAUUUUGUGUAAGUGAAUGUCACGAUGGGCUGUUCUGUAGUGACAAGGCUGUACAUUAAAAAAAUGUUGAUGCCCCCUA